AGAAAAGCCUCCGUGUCACGACUCUGCAAGAAUCCUGCUACAGGAGACAGUUGGCCAAUACCUGGAGUGAGAGACCCUGAGCAGAAAAUCCAUUUGAACCUUGCUGGGUUUCCUGAUCCACGGAAACUGUGCCAUAAUAAAUAUGCCACAGAUCUCGGCAGAACCUUCUGUCUCCAAACUGUGGCUGCUGGAUCCAGCUAAGACUACAUUUAAGCUUCAUCCAACUCUUAAAACCAGAUACAGAAAAUCAUGGCAGUGACAACGAGAUUGACAUGGAAUGAGGAGAAAAGUCUGCAAAAGCUGCUUGGAAACGUUUCCUUGAGACUUCUUUAUAAGUCUAGUGUCCAUGGACAUACAAGUUUUAGUUUGCUUGAUAGGUGCCAGCUUCAGGGAUCUACUAUAACAAUUCUUUACUUUUAUAAUAAGAUUAUUGGGGUCUUUAUACCUGGGCAUUAUCCUGCACCAGGUAAAGAGUUUACAGAGCCAAUCCCCUCCUUCUGUUUUUCAUUUCAAAGGAAUAAAGCUACAGAAAUGGCAAUUGCAGUUCUAGAGGCAGAAGUGAAAAUUGCUUCUGGGCAACUGACAUUUUGUUCCUUUGAUCAAGAGAUGUUCUGUAUAGAUUCAAGCAAAACCAAACUUUCUAUACAUCCUUUGUUAAGCUCUGAAUUAGGAGUACAUAUCUCCUCUGACCUCACUUAUUUGGAAAAUGAAGUCUUUCGAGUUGAAGGAAUUAAGGAUGAUACAACCUAUAUGCUCAAGGUAACAAGAGCCUCAAAGCAGAGGAAUCGGCUUCUAGCAGAGCUCAGAGCCUUCAAGCCCAAAGUAGACUUGAUUUCAGAAAUUUGUAUUCUCUUGCUGGGUCCAGUUGGAUCUGGAAAGUCUAGUUUUAUCAAUUCAGUGAAGUCUGUUUUCCAAGGCCGUCUGACUCGCCAAGCCAUAGUGGGGUCUGAUGACACCAGCAUUACUGAACAGUAUAGGAUUUAUUCCGUUAAAGAUGGGAAAGAUGACAAAUAUCUGCCAUUUAUGUUGUGUGACUCCAUGGGGCUACAUGAGGAAGAGGGAGUAGGAUUGUGUGUGGAUGAUAUACCCCACAUCUUAAAAGGCUGUGUGCCAGACAGAUAUGAGUUUAGCCCCCAUAAAUCAAUUACGCCAGACCAUCCUAUGUUCAUCGCCUCUCCGUCACUGAAGGACAAGAUUCACUGUGUGGCCUAUGUCUUAGAUAUCAACUCUAUCAGUUCUAUCACCUCUAAGGAGGUGGCAAAGUUCAAAGAAGUUCAAAAAGAGGUCUUAAGCUGUGGUACAGCACUUGUGGUCUUGCUUACUAAAAUUGAUAAGUGCAGUGAAAUUCUUCAAGACAACUUUUUAAACAUGAAUAAUUCUAUGACGUCCCAAAGCCAGAUAAUAAAAGUCAGCAAAAUGCUAGAUAUUCCUAUUUAUAAUAUCUUUAUGGUUGAAAAUUAUUCAUCAGAGUUGGAGCUAGACCCUUUAAAGGACACUCUGAUCCUGUUUGUCCUGAGGCAGAUGUUACGGAUAGUGGAUGACAUUUUAGAGGAUUUGCCUCUUGAAACAGGGAGGAAGGCUGGAAGAAAAUCAAAUGCCAGAGACAAGAAAUGGACAUAAAGGAGGGAGAAUGUUUCAUUUAUCUCUGGAUGAAGAUAUGAAUUUAAGGGAAUUAAAAAAAGCAAAUAUUUCUUAAGGACUUACGUGCUAUUUCUGUGAAAAACAAACAAACAAACAAAAACAAAGCUUCUUCCUUUAAUGAACUCGUGCCUGAUUUUCAUUAAUUGAAUUCCAAACCAUCCUAGCCAUGUCUCCCAAAUAGAGUGAUCAAAUGAGGCUACUUACUAGUGAAAGGCAAUAAGAAGGUUGUCUUUAAAAAAAAAUUUAUGUUUAUUUAUUUUUGAGAGACAGAAAGAGAAAGAGCAUGAGUGGGGGAGAGGUAGAGAGUGAGGGAGACACAGAAUCCCAAACAGGCUCCAUGCUCUGAGCUGUCAGCACAGAGCCCGACUCAGGGCUCAAACCCACCAACCAUGAGAUCAUGACCUGAGCUAAAGUCCAGCACUAAUGGACUGAGCCACCCAGGCACCUCAAGAAGGUUGUCUUUUACAGGUAUUCCCAAAUGAUUCUAAAUUCCUCUGGGUAGCUGUGAAGUUAGGACUAGCAAUAAAUAAAGAAAGAAUUUCUGAAGACAGGUUUUAGGUUUUUUCUUCCAUAAAACCCUAACUCUCUUCUCCAAAUUUCUUAGUAUUUUUCAGAUGAAUAUGCUUUGAUUCAAUAGUUACCUAUAUUAAAAUAGUCGAAUAUACUUUUAGUCAGAAUUAUUGUCUUCUUUGGGAAGUCCUGGGUAUUAUCAUGGCAAGAAUUCCUUAGGGAUAGUUGUGGAAAAACAACUAUUUCCUGAAGCAAAGCUACAGGUGAAAUGGUGCCCAAAUGAAUGUUUGAUAGCGUGAUUCAGAGCAAGAGAUAGAUGGUAUCUUUAAAAGAGACAGAGGAGUAGGAUGGUGACAGAUAUUGAGGAGUAGAGCCAGAAGUAGAUGUUGGGAACAAAGAGUUCCAGCCGGGAUGGUUACGUCAUGGACGUAGGCAGCAACGGGUCCAAAGGGUAGUAUGUGUUCGUUUCCAUGUAGUCCACGAUACAAACAAGCCACAGCUGUAAUUGGGUAGAAGACUGAAGGUGAUUGAAGACCCACCAUUGUCCUUUACUGACUAUAGGGCCAUAACUCAUCAAUCUUCAUGUGGAGUCAGCAAAAAUCUGGUCAGAGGAAGGUUUUGCUACAUGCAGAAGUAUAUUCAAGAUGGAACUUCCUUACUCUGUUUGAAGGGUAGUGUGGAAUACCUCAUGAAGGAGAUGGGGACCCUGAAAGGAAGAAGAGUAAUGGAGAGAUCAAGAGAGAUAAACCAUCAGAGACUUAACAGUGCAGUAGUUUAUACUGGAAAGUUGCUAGGAGAGUACAUCUUAAAUGUUCUCACCACAUGUGCAAAAAAGGUACUUAUUUGAGGCAAUGGAUGUUUUAACUAACCUUAUUGUGGUAACCAGUUGCAAUAUAUACAUGUUAUCAAAUCAUUACACUGAACACCUUAAACUUACACAAUGUUAUAUAUUAAUUAUAUCUUUUUUUCCCCUGGGGAUUUUAAUUUAUUUAUUUAGUAUUAAAAUCCACUGAUUCUUGACUAACACAUGAAGUCUGAAACAA